AUGACACUCAGCGCUCAUCUCGGCUUGAUUACUGCAGCAAUAAAUGGAAUAAACAACAAGGUAACUGGAGGCUGGAAUAGGAAACAAGACCCAACUCCCACUACAGUUGUAGGAGAUCUAGAAGGAGAGAUACCUUUUAUCACAACAGCACCUACUAUGACUUUGCUGAACCACCACCCACUACUGGAAGGAAUACUCCAUGAAAGCAUCAUGAAAAAGGACUUCCAGCACCUACCGCCCUACUUUGCCAGGACCAAACAAUCACAGGACAAUAGUGAGUUGCAUGAUAAAUUGUCAGAACGCAAAACAAGGGUUAACCUGGCUCAUCCGGACAAUGCUCCAAUAUUCCAUGCGGAUUUUUCUACUCCCACAAUGCCACUUUUUCCAUCCACAAUGAUAAUGGAUACUACAUCUGUGGUUACUGAAAAUCAAAAAGGCUUUGCUGAAGUACUGGAAACUGUCUCAUUGGUACCAGUAGUAGAUUCAUUACCAACUUCUGAUGCUCAUUUUAUACUUCAGACUGAUAAGAGCAAAGUUGACUAUGGUCCCCAGCAAGACAUAAGCCAUAUAGAUCUGUCAUCUGUCACUCGCACUAGUUCCCCUUUUUCUAUUAAGGAUAGUGUUUCUUCUGCUACUUCUGGAAUGAGUAAAAGUGCUAACAGAACUCCAACACAUGCAAGUAUUCCAGAUACAAAGAAUAUUUCUUCCCACAUAUCACCAUCUCCAGCCGUGGCAUUUGAAGAGGAAGAGGAAACCACUACGAGUACCAUUAUCACUACAACUGUGACCACAACUGUGGCAAUACCAGAACCCUGUAGUAAAAAUUUUACUGCUACCGAGGGUGUUCUACUGUCUCCUGUGCAUAGAAAUUAUCAGUAUAUAACUGGAUUAGACUGCAGUUACACAAUCUAUGUAUAUUCUGGAUAUGGAGUUGAAAUUAAAGUACAGAAUAUCAGUCUUUCUGAAGGUGAGACAGUGACAGUGGAGAGUCUUGAAGGGGUGGAGCCUGUAAUCCUUGCCAAUGAAUCCUUCAUGAUGAGAGGUCAGGUGAUCCGAAGCCCAACCAAUCAAGUCAUGGUGCGUUUCCAGAGUUUGCAGAUAUCCAACCCAGGCAGCUUCCGGUUUUAUUACCACGCCUAUCUUUUGAGCUGCGGAUUCCCUCGAAGACCAGCUUAUGGUGAUAUAUCUGUGACCAGUCUGCACCCGGGAGGGGAGGCAUAUUUCUACUGCAAUACAGGCUACCAGCUGCAUGGACUUCAUGUACUAACCUGCCUAAAUGCAACCCGACCUUUCUGGAGCAGCCGAGCUCCGCAAUGUAUAGCUGCCUGUGGAGGUCUCAUCAGAAACAUCACCACUGGACGCCUUGUGUCACCAAACUUCCCCGGAAACUACAGCAAUAACCUGACCUGCCACUGGGUUCUAGAGGCUCCACCAGCACAGCGACUUCAUCUGCACUUCGAGAAGGUUUCCUUAGCUGAAGAUGACGACAGGCUUAUUAUCCGAGACGGGAAUAUAAUAGAUUCCCCAUCUAUCUAUGACUCAUAUGAGGUGGAAUAUCUCCCUAUUGAAGGCUUGCUCAGUACUGCACGACACUUCUUUAUAGAGCUAACAACCGACAGUAGUGGCACCUCUACAGGAGUGGCACUUCGUUAUCAAGCCUACGAACAAGGUCAUUGUUAUGAACCGUUUGUUAAAUAUGGUAACUUCACCAGCAGUGAUCCUACCUUUGCUGUGGGAACAGUAGUGGAGUUCACUUGUGAUCCUGGCUAUACACUGGAACAAGGAUCUACCAUCAUUGAGUGCCAAGACUCUGGAGACCCUCAGUGGAAUGAGACAGAACCAGCAUGCAGGGCUGUUUGCAGUGGAGAAAUCACAGACUCUGCAGGGGUGGUGCUUUCACCUAAUUGGCCUGAAGCCUAUGGGAAAGGACAGGACUGCAUCUGGGGUAUUCAUGUAGAGGAAGAGAAAAGAAUUCUUCUGGACAUACAAGUGCUGAACAUUGGCAAGAGUGACAUUCUCACUUUUUACGAUGGUGAUGACUUGACAGCCCGUGUCCUGGGUCGGUACACGGGGACACACAGUCGUUUCAAAAUCUAUACAUCAAUGGCAGAUGUCAUUGUCCAGUUCCAGACAGAUCCAGGGAGCAACGUGUUUGGCUACCAACAAGGGUUCAUUAUUAACUUUUUUGAAGUACCAAGAAACGAUACUUGUCCAGAAUUACCGGAAAUUCCUAAUGGCUGGAAAACGACAUCUCAGUCUGAGCUAGUCCAUGGCACAGUUGUGACUUACCAGUGCUAUCCAGGAUAUGAGGUUGUGGGAGCAGAGCUUCUCAUGUGUCAAUGGGACCUCACAUGGAGCGGAGACCUGCCCUCGUGUGAAAGGGUGACGUCCUGUUCAGACCCGGGUGAUGUAACUCACAGUCGCAGGAUUCUCUCUAAUGCAAAGUUCCCUGUGGGCAGUACAGUGCGCUAUGUGUGUGAUAAAGGCUACAUUCUGACAGGUAGCCCAACUCUAAACUGCUACAACCGCCAGGCUGGUGUACCCAAGUGGAGUGACCGACCCCCUAAGUGUGUCCCUGAAAAAUAUGAGCCAUGUGUAAACCCAGGAGUACCAGAGAACGGUCAUCAGGAACCAGAGAAGAGAGUGUACCAACCAGGGGAUGCUGUAAGAUUUGCUUGCAGAACGGGGUACAUGCUGAUGGGAGAGCACAGCCUAAAAUGUAUUCCAGGGCACCCCUCACAGUGGAGCAGUUCUCCGCCAAUCUGCAAAGCUUCCUAUAAAGAAUUUUACAGCAAUCAGGGUAUAGAAGCUGUGGAGAAAGCAGCAGCUUCAGGCAUCCCCGUAGAAGGCACACACAUUCUGCUGGCUGUCUUUGUUCCUGUUAUCAUGGUGGCUCUUGUCAUCGCAGCCAUCUACCUUUAUUUCUCAAAGCUACAAGGAAAAGCUCUGCUACGUCUGCCACUUUCUUCCUCUCCUCCAUACGAUCAAGUCACGGUGGAAUCUGCGUUUGACAAUCCAACAUUUGAGACGGGAGACUCAAGAGAAUACGAAGUGUCCAUAUAG